AUGACUAUCAAAACCUCUUUUGCCGCGUCUCUUCUCUUCGCCGCGUCUGCGUUCGCGCAAUGCGGUAACCUCCCGUCAAAUAUCUCUCUCACACCCGAUAGCAUGCUCCCCGAUCCCUUCACCUUCCUCAACGGAACCGCCGUAACCACCGCCGACGAAUUCACCUGUCGUCAAGCCGAGAUCAGCGCUCUUUUCCGACGUUUCGAACUCGGUGAACUCCCACCUCGCCCCGAAUCCGUCGUCGGCACCCUCUCCGGAAAUAAUACUCUCAUCAUUGACGUUUCCCACGGCGGACAAUCGAUCUCUUUCAACAUCGGGAUUCAGACGCCUUCUGGCUCCGGUCCUUUCCCCGCUCUCAUCGUUUUUGGAGGGUUCCUUAGCCUUCCUCAACCUUCGGGUGUGGCGAUUCUUUCGUUCAACAACGACGAUAUCGCGGCACAGAAUGAUGGAUCGUCGCGUGGACAAGGCAAGUUCUUUACGCUUUAUGGAUCAAAUCAUUCGGCUGGGGCUUUGAUGGCUUGGGCCUGGGGUGUUGCGAGGAUUAUGGAUGCGUUGGAACAGGUCAAUACGAACAUCAACCUUGAGAGGGUUGGUGUUACGGGUUGUUCGAGGAACGGGAAGGGUGCUCUUGUUGCCGGGGCUUUCGAACCGAGGAUCGCGUUAACGAUCCCUCAGGAAUCGGGGAGUGGUGGUGCGGGAUGUUGGAGGAUUUCCGAUUCGAUGUUGGCUAAUGGGAUCGACACGCAAACGGCUAGCGAGAUCGUUCAGGAGAACGUUUGGUUCUCUACUGCAUUCAACACUUUUGCUCAAUCUGGCGUCGACCCUUUGCCUUUUGAUCAUCAUAUGCUUUCGGGACUCAUCGCUCCUCGUGCCCUUCUCGUCAUUGAUAACACCGGGAUUGAUUGGUUGGGUCCCGAGUCGGUUUGGGGUUGUCAGAAGACGGCGAACUUGGUUUGGCAGGGACUUGGUGUGGGCGAUUUCAUGGGUGUUUCGCAGGUGGGGAACCAUUCGCAUUGUGCGUUCCCCAGUCAGGAGCAGCCGGAUUUGGACGCGUUCGUGAAUAGGUUCUUGAAGGAUCAGAAUGCGGAUACGAAUAUCAUCAAGACGGAUGGGGCGAAUGGCCUUGGGUUUGCGGAUUCGCAGUGGAUUGAUUGGGAGGUUCCUGACCUCUCUUGA